ACAGCGGCCACAGCAUCUCGCGCGUGUCGCUCGGCCGGUCACCGGCGAGUCCCAUGUUGCCAUGGCGAACCUCCCGCGGCCGAUCACAGGCCUCAUGUCCCAGACCGGGCGGCAGCACAUGCGCAAGGACAGCCGGUCAGGGCGGCAUGGGGCCUUCAGCCGCACGGGGCAGGCGGUCUUCAAGAGCUGCUCGGAGCCAUCUUUGGGCAGAUGCCCGGGCGGCGGACGACCCUCCACGUCGGCACGGCGGGAGAACAGCCGCAAGGAGGUCUUCAAUGAGCAGCUGAUGCAGCAGACCACCUGCAGCCAGGUGGCGGAGGUUUCGGAUCAUCGCCGGGACUCGCUGGAGACGUUGUCGGAUUCCUUCGGCAAGGACAUCCGAGGUGUCACGGACAGGUUGGAAGAUAUUGUGCGGGGCCUGCGCUUUGAGAACUUCAAAGGUAAGCAGGAGAAGGAGGAGCGCAAGCGGAGGGAAGAGGAGCGGAAAUGGGAGGAGGAGAAGCGGCGGGCGCGGAAGAAGGAGCAAGAUGCUGCGGACCCCAGGAAGAAGGUGGCCUUGCGCAUCGAGAACCGCCGCAAGUUCGACUCCGGGUCCAACUCCCCGAACUCCGCCGCCGCCAUCCCCAUGUGCCCCGUGCAGGUGGAGGGCCCGUUGGGUCCGGAGAUCGUGUCUUUGGUGGAUGUGGAGGGCUUGAGGAGCCGGUGCCUGCAGAUGAACGGCAAGACCAGCAUUGACGCGCUCAUGGACGCCCUCCGUUCGCGCGAGAAGGCGGAGAGAUCCGCCUCGGCCUUGGCGGAUGCUGUGUCCCCCCGAUCCACCGGCGGGAAGUCCACCUUCAGUAUCGUCAGCGGCGGCACCUCCAGCGGCACCUGUCGGACUUGGGAGCAGCGUCAGCACAGCGCCCUCGCCAAGCGACAGGCCGCGCGUCUGGAGUCGAUCCUCCGAAAGCUGUGCUCCAUGCGCAGCGGUCUGCCCAGGGAUUUGCAGAUCGACAUUGCGCCCUUGCAAGCCUACUUGGACUACGAGCGCUCCCACUCCGAGCGAUCUGACCUGGAGAGUUUGCAGGCGGUGGUGGCCCAGAAGCUGAACGGCUUCAUCGACAACCUGGCCAAUAAGCUGGCGGCGGCGCCGGACAGCGCGAACAGCGCCCUCUUCCAGUCGCUGGGCAAGUUGAGCCAAGCCGCCAUCGGAGAGCAGCUGAACAUGUCCCAACGGCUCUUAGGAACCAGCAACAACUCCUUGGCCAGUACCCUUGUGGACGAAGAGGCCUUGCGUUCCGCGAAGCGGAAGCGCACCAGGCGUCGACUGGUCAUCAUGCAGGCGGUCGGGCGCUGGAUCAUGGUGGGACGAAGGGUGCGCUGGAGGAGCUACAACAUCGAUAUCAUCAAGGUGACCUUGGGGCAGCUGGGGGAGUGGGCGCGCGUGAAGAGCGCCAUGAAGAAGGCGGUGGCUUCAGUGCGCCACAUCCAGCAGAACGCCCGCCGCUUCCUCGCGGUGAAGCGCGAGAGGUGCAAGCAGAUCGCACAGGAGUGGGAUCGUGUUGAAGACCACAGCCUGGAGCGCUUCUACGAUCGCUUCGCCGUGAAGCUUUUCAAGGACAACUUCAGCCAGGCAGAGCGGCCAGCCCGGAGCAAGGGAAGACGCGGUGCCUUCAAGGACAUGAUGAGCGCCGUGAAGGGGGUGGCCUUCAAUUGGCGAGCCUUCAAGGUCCCAGCGGCUGUGCGCGCUCGCCUGAUUUCGGCCUUCUACAUGAUCCGUCUCCGGACGAAAGUUCGAAGCACCUCAGACCUUCUUAAGACGGUGAAGAUGGUCUUAGCCAAGCACCGGGAGCUCAAUGGUUUUCUCAGCUUCUUCGGGAGCUCGAUGAGCGGCGAGGAGUCCUUUAGCCGGCCGAAGACCAACGCUUCAUGGUGGAUCAUGCCUGAGAGCACCGUGCUCUACCUCAUGGGCCUCGCAGCGCAGAGUCUACAAGCGCGUCAGGUGUCCCCGUUCGAGGAUCACCCUUGCCACAAGGAUCUGCCGGGCAACUUCAUGUUCCUGAAGCCCCAGAUGGACUACAACGCGGUACUUGCGGAGGGCGCAACUUCGAUGGACCAAGCCGUCAUGCGGCUCAUGCAGAGAUGCUGCCUGGAGCGCAUGUACAAGCAGGACAACCAGGAGGGCAACAGCGGAGGACCGAAGCUCCAGCGGAAGGCCACGCGCGUCUCCAUGAGCUCCAGCGCAGACUCCUCCGAGCAAACGCAAUCGGAGAGGCCGAAGGGGCCCGCAGACCUCGAGGACAUCUUCGCUGCCUUCACCCCGCGGCUCCGGGAGAUCCAUGAGGAGCAGCUCCUGGAGUAUCGGAUCGAAAACCCGCGGCCAAGCACCAGUGAGCAAGAGUCUAUCGUAGCGAUGCUCUGAGGUGCAGCGCGCUACCAGCUGAAAGGAAAC